UGGUACAAUAAGAUAUAAAUUUUAAUCAGUUGAGUAUACAAACUAAAGGAAUUGUAGAUAUUUUCAAAUCAUUCGACUAUUUUUUUCUAGUUAUUGUUAUACACUGUGGCGUCUUAUAAAAAUAAUUUUAUUACGUUUCAAAAUAAAAUCAACUACAAAAAAAUCUAAAUUCUAAAAUCAAAAUCAAAAUAGAGAAAUCAAUAAAAUACAAUGAAGAGUUUUUUGAAACUGAUCUCAUUAUUUCUGACACUAAAAAUGAUUACAUCAUUCCAAUGUCUCGAAAAUAAUGUAAAAAACUGCACUUGUUUUGAUCUUGAUAAUUCAGCAAUUGAAUACAUAUGUCUUUAUCACACAAAUAAUAAUAGUGAAUACAAUAAUUAUGAAGAAUUCAACAUUGUUAUUGGUCCUUUUGAAACUGUAAUAAAAUGUAUAAAAUUAUCAAAUUUAAAAAAUUUUCAUUUUGACUUUCGUUUUCUACACAUAUAUUUAACAACACUCGUUCUAGAGAAUUGUGUUAUUGAUAAAAAUACAGAUUUAGAAAAAAUUAAAGAACUAACUUCUGUUCAAUAUGUCAAUACAAUUACUUUAUCAAAUAAUAUUCAACUAAAUAAUAUUCUCAUUGAUAAUACAUCUGCAGAAUUAUUUAUGCUGAGUGGAUUGAUUAUUAUGGAUUAUAAUAAUUUAACAGAAGUAUCUGAGAAAAUUUUACACAAAGUUCCUAAUAUUGUAUAUUUGACGAUAAAAAAUUGUUUUGUUCAAACUAUUACUCCAAAUGCAUUUCAUAAUUUAAAAAUAUUGUCAAAAUUGGAUUUAUCGAAGAAUAAAUUAAAAUAUAUUCAUCCUGAAACAUUCGAUUAUUUAUUUGAACUAACUAAUCUUGAUCUCAGUGAUAAUGAAAUUGAAAUACUUGAUGAUAAAAUUUUUCAACAUUUACAAGAUCUCAAGAAUUUGAAUCUUCAAAAUAAUAAAAUCACAACAAUAUCAGAAUUAUUGUUAAGCAAGCUACACAAAUUGGAAAUAUUUAAUGCAAAUGAAAAUUUAAUAUCUACAAUUCAUGAAAAUGCAUUUACGAAUUUGUUCGAAUUAAAACAAAUAAGUCUUGCAAAAAAUAAACUUAAUGAUCUUUUAAGUAUAAAAGAAACGGAAAAAGACAAAUUUUUGAAAAACAAUUCAAUAUUUGCAUCAUGUAAUAAUCUAAUAGAAUUAAAUCUUGCAUACAAUAAUAUUCAAAAUUUUUAUGACGAUUGGAUUGAAUUAUCCGAAAUGAAAUUAACGUCUUUACAACUUUCUCACAAUCUAUUGCCUCAUUUUGCAGUAACACAACAUCAUUUAAAGAUGAAAUCAGAUUUUUACAUCAACUUGUCCAACAAUAUGAUGAAGGGAAUUAAUUUAUAUUCCCUAACGUCAUUAGAAUUUGAAACACCAUAUAGAAUGCACAUAAAUGCAAGAGAUAAUCCUAUUAAUUGUGAUUGUUUAAAUGACAGACUUUUACAGUACAUAAAGGGAAAUUUAGAUAAGAAAAUCUAUCAACAUUUAAAUAUUGAUACAACAAAUUUAAUAUGCACUGGACCAGAAGAACUUAAGGGUGAAAAAUUAUCUGAUUUAAGCAGUGAUCAUUUAUCGUGUCAGAUAACUGUUAAAACUUUUAAUGAUAAUAAUGUAUCAUGUACUCCAAAAUAUUUUCUUGAAAGACAGCUAACAAUAAUAAAUUGUCCUAACAAUAAUUAUACAAAAUUUCCAGAAGGUCUUGGAAUUAUAACUAGUUUCGCUACUGAAAUAGAAUUAGAAAAUAAUAAUUUAGAAUAUAUUCCAUCAGAAUUUAGUAAAGCUGAACAAAAAACAAUUACAAAAUUAAAUCUUUCUGGAAAUAAAAUUAAAAGUCUCAAUGGUAUUCAUUUAUUUGAAAAUCUUGAGAUUUUAGAACUUAAAAAUAACAAUAUUCGUAAUGUAAGAAACAAGUAUUUACUGAUUUUUGGAUAUUUAAAAAGUCUCAAAAGCAUAACUCUCAGUGGUAAUCCUUUGAUAUGUGGUCCAAAUUUCGAAAAACUUAAAAAUUAUAUCAAAAUUAAAGAUAGAAAUAAUCUAACUUGUCGUGAUGAACCAUUAAUACCGAGUGAAAAAAGUGAACCCAUUUUUGAAGAACCAAAAGAAACUUAUUCUCUAUUUGCGAAAUAUGCAUUAUGUUCUCUAGAAAGAGAAGAUGUGGAGAAGACUUGGCAAAAGCAAUGUUCAAUUCCACAAAUAGAUGAAACGAAAGAAUAGAAACGGUUGAUGUAUUGUUGUUCCAUUUCUAUAUUUACAUAAUUUAUUGGGAAAAAAUCUCAGCUUACUAGCGUAAAAAACAAAACAAAAAUUUAAUGAGACAAAAAAGGAUUUAAAAAUGAAAAAUAAGAAUUUAGAAAAAAAAUAAGUUAAAAAUAUUUUUUUUUGAAGAAACUUUUUUUUUAGUAAAAGUUACAUGAAAAAUGCUUCAAAAACCUCUAGUUAAAGGAUAUUAUAUAGUUUUGUCAUAUAGUUAUACCUUUGUAUUUCACAAGAAUAGUGUUACUUAAAAUGUCAAAAUUUCACCCUCCACUACUUUUAAUAAUUUUUUUUUGACGCUACAAUUUGUUGCAUAAAUAAAUUUU